AUGUUUCCACAGGGAGCUGUCACAACCUGCACUCUUUUCAAUGUUGACAGGGAGCUGUCACAAGCUGCACUCUUUUCAAUGUCUUCAUCGAUGCUCAUCAUUGACAUAGCCGAAUUGGUACAGACAGUCACGGGCGUUAAGUGUUUACUUUAUGCAGAUGAUCUUGUUCUAUGGUAUUUUGCUUACUUUAUGCAGAUGAUCUGGUACUAUGGUAUUCCGGGCUUACUUUAUGCAGAUGAUCUUGUUCUAUGGUAUUCCGCCUACUUUACGCAGAUGAUCUGGUACUAUGGUAUUCCGCCCCCAAGGAAAAAUGCUAAGGAGAGGACAAAAAGUGCUCUUAAUAGUGCACUUAAACUACUAGCAAACUUGUGCGACAACAAUGGAAUGGUAAUUAACACCGCAAAAAAAUCGCUCUUAAUAGUGCACUUAAACUACUAG